CUCUUUCCUUGUUGAUGUAAAAAAAAAAAUUUAUUUAUUUACAAAAUGAAAUUCGAAUCUCAAAAAAUUAAAUAGUGAACAACUUUUUUUUUUUAAAAAACAGAGAAAUAAUAUCGUUGUGUUACUUAAUUGGAUAUAAAACGAAAAAUUACAAAAUGACUAUUAGUGGACUGUGUUUUAAAAAAAUUGUUGGUACUAAAGAAACUGAAAAUGAAAAAACAAAAAAUGAAGUCGUGAAACUUCCUUUUUGGAAACAAUUUAUGAGCAUACUAAGUGGAUAUUUUUUAAUGGCAGCAGUUGGCACAGGUACAACAUGGGCAUCGCCAUCGUUACCAUAUUUAACGAGUAAAAAUUCCGAAUUUCAAUUAACAAUAACACAAGGUGCAUGGCUCGUGUCAAUUGGCAGUCCAAUUGGAAUAAUUGGCUACAUAUUAUGUGGUACAAUGGCUAAUUCAAUUGGUCGUAAAUUUACAAUUCUCACAUUUGGAUUAAUAACAUUACUCGCAAUGAUUUUCAUUCAAUCGGCAAAUGAUUAUACAACAUUAUUAAUUGGACGAAUGAUAAUGGGUAUUGGAAAUUGUGGUUGUUACAGUAUACUAACACUUUAUAUUGGUGAAAUUGCACACGAAUCAUUGCGUGGUAGAUUUUUAACAUUUGACAAAAUGUCAGUGAAUAUAGGUGCAUUUCUCAUGACAACAGCUGGUGCACUAUUGUCAUAUGAGAAUAUGAAUUUGGUUAUGAUUUUCAUACCAUUAUUGGGUAUUGCAAUAUUUCCUGUAACAUCUGAAACGCCAUAUUAUUAUUUAUUGAAGGAGAAAAAUCAGGAGGCAAUUGAUACGCGGAUGAAAUUAAUGGAAACUGAUGAUGUUGAGAUGGUGAUGAGGGAUAUUGGAAGGAUGAAAAAGGGAAUUGAUGAUGGUAAAGAGUCGGAGGAGAGUAGUAUUCGAGAAUUAUUUAUUGAUCCAGGAUGUCGAAGAGCAUUGAUUUUGAAAUUAAUAACAUCGGCGACUUAUUCAUUCUCGGGUUAUUUGGCAAUUCAAGCCUAUGCUCAGGAUAUUUUUAGUCAUUCAAAUUUUGAAAUACCACCACAAUUUGCCGUGAUGAUUAUGACUGGUGCACAAAUACUCGCCGCAUUGCCAUCGUCACAAAUUGUUGAUUUUUGGGGUAGAAGACCAACAUUUUUACUCUCUGGAAUUUUAUCCUCAUUGUCCUUAAGUUGUGUUGGUUUAUAUUUUUAUUUAAAAUCAUUUCAUGAUGUUUCCACUGUCACUUGGUUGCCACUCAUUGGUUUACUUUCAUUUACAUUUUCCUGUAAUAUUGGUCUAACGACAAUUCCCUAUUUAUACAUGGGUGAGCUAUUUUCCGUUAAAGUCAAAAGUGUUGCAUCAAUGAUAACAUUAAUAAUUGAGGCAAUAUUUUCCUUCACUGCAAAAAUGAUUUUCCCUUUAGUGAGCCAUUGGUUUGGUAUUUAUGUAAGUUUCUGGAUUUUUGCCCUCAGUUCUCUAUUCGGUGCAAUUUGUGUCUUUUGUCUAGCACCGGAAACAAAAGGUAAGAAUUUAGAAGAGGUUCUUGAAUUAUUGAGACUAAAGGCGCAAAAGAAUGAAAAAUGUUAA